AUGAUUUGCAACCGCUGCUUACGGACGGCCGUCCAGCGUCCCAUCGCUCUCCCAUUCCGUCGCGCCAUUACCACAACUUCACCACUCCGAGCCACCGCCUCGCCCAAUGCCGCUCAAGCAGCACCACGACAGGGCAACCCAAACAGCUCUUCGCACACACCAUCUGCCGCUACAUCAACAGGCGCUGCGCAGCCAUUCUCCACACCUUUGACCCCUUCGCCAUCAGCUGCUAAACUCCAAGCACCGAGUGCAGAGAAGGCAGCUCCCACAGUAAAGAGUUCGGUAACUGCUGGCACACCACUGAAGGGCUUGAACUUCAUCAAGGGAAAGAACGAUCCUGUCGCCAAGGAAGACUCGGAGUACCCAACCUGGUUAUGGGGUAUCUUGAAGAAGAAGGCUGGAGAGAGUGCAGCUGAUGCUGCAUCUGUCGAGGGAGAUUUGUUCUCAAAGUCCAAAAAGCAACGUCGUAUGGCUGCCAAAGCCCUCCGCAAACAACAACUACUCAACCCCGAAGCACUGGCCCCUAAAAUCCCUCUGCACGAACAAACUAUCGAUCUGCCUGCUGGAGAUGGUACUUUGCAAGGUGCGAUUGAGGCUAUGGAGGCUAGAGAUGCUUUGACAAAGGCGAUGCGCAAGAACAGACGUGCCAAGAUCAAGGAGGCUAACUUCUUGAAGGCUAUGGGUUAG